UCCGACACACAGCCCUGAGUUCUCACAUACUGUGGUUGGUCGGUGAGGUAGUCCAAAAUCCAGGUAGUGAGGUGAUGGUCCACUCCAGAGUUCUCCAGCUUCUCCUUCAGAACCAUGAGAAGGGGUUAGACAGGCGGCCAAAGGAUCUAAUGAGGUCCAGGGCUGAAGGAAUUGAUGACUCCGGAUCUGUAAUAUACAGAAGGAGGUCGUCUGCAUACAAGGAGCACUUAUGAAUGAUGUUUCCCCUAGUGAUCCCCCUUAUUCUGGGAUCCAUUCUCAAUGCUGCCGCCAGCGGCUCUAUUGCCAGAUUGAAUAGCAGGGGGCUUAAGGGGCAUCCCUGGCGGGUGCCUCUAUGUAAGGAGAAGUAUUCUGAAAUAGUGUGGACUGAAGACGGGGCGCUGAGUACAGAGUCCUGAUCCAUGAAAUAAAAUUAGAACUGAAGUCAAAUUUUUUCAAAGCGGAGAACAGAUAUUGCCAAUCCACAGUCAAAAGCCUUCUCGGCAUCCAGUGAGACUAUUAUCUCGGGGUGAUCAACUGAAUGGUCAGAAUAUACGAUAUUUAACAGCCGUCUGAUAUUGAAAUAUGACUGCCGGUUCACUACAAAGCCUGUUUGGUCCUCUUGUAUAAUAGAAGGUGCUACCUUCUCAAUACGAAGUGCAAGCGCUUUUGUGAGGAUCUUAUAAUCCACAUUCAUUAGACUAAUGGGGCAAUAGGAUACACAUUUUUGAGGAUCCUUGUCUGUUUUGAGUAUUACAGAGAUUGUGGCUUGGGACAGAGUUUGUGGCAAUGUGUUUGUUGCCUGAAUUUCUGAAAAAACCUCAGACAGUAACGAAACUAACUUGCCGGCAAAGCGUUUAUAGAAAUCACACCAGAAGGCGUUUGCAAAGAAUUAACUGCCUGCAAUAUUUCCGCAGAGGUGAUAGGUCUUUCUAGUAGCUCACGUUGGCCUGGGUUAAUAGUGGGAAUAUCUAUGUUCCUCAAAAAGGAAUCCAAGUCAGCCUCUGAAUAAUCAGUGCAGGAAGUAUAGAGAUCCUGAUAAAAUAGCUUGAGUGUGUUACCACCUGACCGGAGUCUAACUGUAUGUCGGAUAUAGACUGAGCUGUGGCGGAUUGACGAAGCUGAUGCGAAAGAUACCUACCUGCUUUUUCACCAUGCUCGUAUAUGUGAUGUGUUGAUCUAAGUAGGAGCUUCUCAGUUUCUUUAAUUGAAAGGGUGUCAAAUUCAGACUGCAGCAGUACCUUCUGCUUAUAUAGAUCAGCGGUUGGGCAGGUAGCAUAUUGUGUGUCAAUGUUAGCUAUGAGCCCUGUCAGCUCUCGAAGCCGUUCGUUUCGCUUUUUAUUCUUAUAAGAAGAAAAAGAAAUAAUUUGGCCCUGCAGAUAUGCUUUUUGUCACGUUCCUGGGUCUUUUGACCCAGCGUUUUGAGUUUUAGUUUAUUUUGAUAUUUAUGGUUUGUUUAGGUUCAUUAAGUUAUUCAAGUUCAUUUGUUGUUAUAUUCCCCUUGUGUUUUCAACCCUUGUGUUAAGUCUCCCUUAUCCCUCAUGUGUUUCAUGUCUGUUUCUUAUGUUGUCAAGCUCUUGUAGUCAUGUCUGUGUUUCAUUGUUUCCUAUUUUAUUUUGAAAGAGGUCCUGUGCUUCUGUGUUUUGUUUUACUCUUCCCCUGUGGCGUCGUUAUGUCUACUGUGCCUUUCUGUCCCAUGUUUCAGGUCCCUAUGUUCUGUCUUCCAGUUGGUUAAGUUCACAUGUUUUGAGUUCAGUCAGUGUGUUUCCUGUUUUACUUUCACAGUCUGUCCUAUGUUAAUGUUUCUAGUUUCGCUUCCCUUGUCUCGUCCUGUGUAAUUACUCCCAGCUGUGCUCUCCUCCUGUGGCUCAUUCCCCCUCGUUAUCCCUCUGUGUAUUUAAGCCCCGUGUUUCUCUUUGUCAGUGUUGUGUCCACCCUCAUAGCUGUGUGAUUCUCCCUGUGUUUUCAUGUAUGAUUUAUUUGUAGUUUUCCCAGUUUAGUUUUGUUCUUUGUUUCCUUUCCUCGCCUGCAACAAAGCAGUGUUUUGAAUUCACUUUUGUCUCGGCUCCCUUUUCUCCUUAGGAUAAUGUUACCAUUGGAUGUAAACCAUUGCCUGAUGUUUGCCGUGGAGCUAAUGCUUCUGUUUUACAGCACAGGCACUAAUGGAGACAGUGAACCCAAGAAUACCCUCUUUAUCAGUCCCAAAACAAUAGCUGAUUCAUAUUUUCCAUCAGAAACUAUCGACCAAAAGGACAAUGGAAUUAAACUCUGUUUCAACAUCCAACCAAAUAAUACACGUGCAGGGUGUUGUAACGGCACAAAUUUCGACUGCAAUAUUGAAGUAAAAAUAGAUAAUCAAGGUAAAUACAGGCUAAAUCUAACUGAAGAGAUUUUAUCCAAGCAAGAUAUUGUGGUGAUGAAGGAUCCAGAGCAUAAUUAUUCAUGUAUGCCAUCCCAGCUCUACAAAAGCAGCCCUGGUUUUCUUUGUAGCAUCCACCGCUGCUUGAAUGAAAGUAUGAAAAAUAUGAGUAUGAAUAUGAGACUGAGCAAUGGGAGCUUUCAUGAAAAACUUCCCACAGAAUAUGUCUUCAGUGAUAAUGACACAUGGAAUGUGUCAUGCAACCCAGAACCAUCCACAACAACCACCAGGAAUAACGAAGAAGACAUUAUUGACCUUUACAUCAACAAUACCAUUCCUAACCCAGUAGACGUCAUGAAAAAUCUAUCCUUUGUCCUUGAACUGAUGGGUAAUAACAGAACAGCAAGAAUCAAGAUGGGCAACGUCACAGGAGUGAUUGCCAAACUCUCCCAGAAAAAUCAAACCAACAUGAACUUUGCCUUCACAGAAAACGCUGGCGUGAAGAUCAUUCAAGGAGAAGACAGUAAUUUUACGGGCCCAUUUCAUUUAAUGAAAAUUCCUAGAGAGGCCAGUAAAAUGGCGGUGGAGAGAAAUGGAUCAUUUCUUGGAAUUCUGUUGUUUCCACAACAGCAUGCGGGUGACAGCAGUAAAUACUAUUUAAACAGAGAGAUAUUUGGAAUAGAAAUGGGGGCAAAAAUACAAAACCUUUCACAACCCAUCGAGAUUCAGUACAGUAAUGUGGACAAGAAAGGAGCGAAUGCUUCUUGCAUCUCUUGGGAUGGAAACAGCACAGAUGCAAACGGGAAAUCACUCUGGAUCACAGAUGGCUGUCAAACAGUGGAGACCAGUAACAGCAUCACCUGCCAGUGCACACAUCUAACCUUUUUUGCCAUACUCAUGUCACCUCCACCUGCAAACAUCAGCGCUUCUGAUGUUAAUUCUCUGACCUACAUCACUUCGAUCGGUUGUGGACUGUCGCUGUUUUUCUUGAUCGUCGGUCUCUUCAUGCACGUUCUCGUCAGAAAAGGGAAAGCAAGCGAAGCAACAAAGAUUCUGAUGAACCUCUUUGUCGCCAUGUUGAUCCUGAACUUGUCCUUCUUGACCAAUGAGAGCAUUUCAAAUCUGGGUAUCAAAGGUGCAUGUGUGGCAAUAGCAGCGGUUCUGCAUUACGGCAUGUUGGCCACGUUUACCUGGUUCUUCAUGCAGGCUUUACACUUGUACCUCAGUCUACGUCGAAUCUGCACUGAGGUGAAACAUUACAUGCUGAAGAUUUACGUCACAGGAUGGGGCGUACCGGCUGUGGUGGUGAUCGCUCUUCUUGCCUCCCAGAAAUAUAAUUCUAUUAAUAUUAAUACAAAUGAAGGGAAAGCAGCAACAAUGUGCUGGAUCUCUGAUGCUGGUAUCCACCAGGGGGUGAACAUCGGCUAUUAUGCUCUGGUGUUCGUCUUCACUCUGAGUGUAUUCAUUCUAACUGUAAGGCAAAUCGUUCUAAUGCCAAAAGCAGGAAAAGCCCAAGACAAUAGUUCCAUUAAGAGCAACACUUCCACCAUUCUGGGCCUGUUCCUCCUUCUUGGCAUCACCUGGGCUUUUGCUUUUUUCAGCUACGGACCUUUGCUCCUCGCCUCCUACUACAUCUUUACCAUCCUCAACUCCUUUCAAGGUUUCUUCCUGUUUAUCUACUAUUAUAAAUCCAGCAAGAUUAUUGGAGACGGCAAAAUCCACACACAAAGUAGCAGCACAGCUACAUCAAACACAGCUGUAACGUCUCCUUAUGCAUAAGGCUUGCUGUUUUAUCAUAUUUUGACACAAGAGGGCAGCAUUUUAUUUCAUAUAGUUCCAGCAGGUUGCUCUGUGUAGAAACAACUUGGUCAUUCUUCCCAUGUACUCUCCGCUGAAUGGCUUUUCUAAGAUGAAAUCACUAACCCGGUUUACCUUCUUUGACACAAAUACUCAUGUCGAGUAGAGAUCGAGUCAGUACUCUGGAAUUUCAGAGCACCACUCUAUGUUUGUUCCUAUGCUUUUAUAUUUUAACAGAAAACUUGUCUUACUCACUCCAAAUCAUUCAGAGAAGGCUGUGAUUCAGUCAGAGUACGCAACCACAAUCGUAAACAUGUCAGGAUGUUAAGGUGUAAAAUGUUAAAGUGGGAAAGUGAAGCAUGUCAAAGACAUAAGGACAUUUUCAAUUUGACGGUCGUGACACCUCUCAAAAAGUUGGGACAGCGACAUGUUGACAACUGUGUAGCACCCCGUAUUCUUUUAAACAGAAAUCCAUAAACAUCUGCUGGGAUGAGCUGCUGGACGUUUGGUAGAAGAACAUUCCAUCUUGUUGGAUAUAAGAUCCUAGCUGGGCUGUCUUUCGAGUUAUUAUUUCAUGAUGCAUCAAACGUUUUUAUUUGGUGAUAUGGAUGGCCAUUUCAGCACCUGACUCUUCCACUAUUAAGCCAAGCUGCUGUAAUGAAUGCACUGUGCAGUUCAGCAUUCUCUUGUUGAAAAAUCCAAGCAACUCUUUGAACAAGACUUUAUCUGCAUGGGAGAAUAUGUUGAUCUAAAACCUGUAUAUACCUCUGAGCGAUGAUGGUGCCUUUCCAGAUGCUCAGGCUUCCAAUUCCACAGCCCAGUACCAUCAGAGAUGUAUAGUAAUUGAAUUUUGGUGAGCUGGAUUUUCCUUCUCUUCCAUCCUCAUCCAUUUUUUCCAAGCAGAAUCUUAAAAUUUUGAAUUGUCUGACCAAAUAACAGUUUUCCACUUUGGCUGUGUUCAUUAUAAAUGAGCUUUUUCUAGAUCAUUCUCACAUAUGGCUUCUUCUUUGCAUGAUAAAGCAUUAACCUCCAUUUUUGGAUGGCACUGUGAACUGUGUGAACACAAUGACAGAUUGGUGAACCUCUGCCUAUGUUUAAUAUCCAGUCCCGUUAUUGAACUGUUGCUAGUUAACCUAUUUAAAAAAUGUUCCCCCAGCUGUUUCUUUUCAGUACUACUUACUUUUCUAGUCUUUUCUCGCCUCCAACUUCUUUUGAGCGAUGUUGCUGCCAUCAAAUUCAAAAUGAGUGUUAUUUUUCAUGAAACAGUAGAAAGUCUGAAUUUAAACAUUUAAAAAUAUGUAUAUAUUAUCCAUUGAAAUUUGCUUCAUGCUUCUCCCAUAGCAAAAACAAUCCUGACACUGUAACUGUCACAUUAAAUGAUUCUAUGACAAAUCUGUCAUUUGUUUAGUUUGUUGCUAAAAAGCAGAUUUUUCACAUUUACCUGUAAACUUAAAAAUGUUUUCUGUGGUCUAUUGUAAAUAAAAUAUGGGUUUUGUAUAUCACUGACUAAGGUUGUAUUACAGACCUCUUGAAUCAGCUAUAGAGUGGAAUGCAGAGUUUAAACGUUUAAGAAAUUAAACAUUAAAUUUUUUUUGACUGAUGUGCUUGUUAAUGUGAUUAAAUAUAGCAGAAUCAAGGUGAAAGGAAGGCUUGUCUCACAUAUCCUACACAGUGUCGGGGCUGAACUCACCAGUUAGUGUGUUGCGUGCCUUCAGAUAAUUACUCUGAGUCUAGAGAGACCAGUAUCCACUGUGCGGGAAGCUUAACUGGCAAACAAGAAAUGAGCUCAUGACUACCUAUAGUGAUAAGAUCCCUGAGGGUAUUUGAAUGUUGAAACUAUCCUCUAAAGUUUACUGUAUUUCACUAGCAUAUAUAUAAGUGCAGUGUAUCUUGGCAAACUGUUUUGUUUGUUUAGUGGUUUUGGGGAAUUGUGGAUUUCAUUAGUACUUAUUUUUAUUAUACUACCUUAAAAAAAUCUUAUAAUUUUUUCAUUUAGAGGGAACCUGAUUUGCUUUUCUCAGUUUUAUUGAAGUAGCCUUAAAGUCUAAUCUUUGCAUGUACUCUAUAUCAUAUGAAGUUUGUCAAGCUUUUAUUUGACUAAAAUGAUACUAAAAUAACUUUUUUCCUAUUUUAUCAGGACAAAAUAUGAUUUUCAUACAUGGAAGCAAAUUAUCUUGUGAAAGAAACUGUUGUAUGUGCACAACAUAGUCUUAAAAUAAAAGUUUU